AUGGAAGCAGCUGCGACCGCCACGACCAGUACCGGCUCCAGCCGCACCAGCAUCAGCGAGGUACAGGUCUAUGGCCCCACCGCAUUCCAGGACGAAGACGUCGUCGUCGGAGAAGAGGAGAGGGACAGGCUCAGACGGGACCUCCUCGCCAGGAUCGAGAGCUGCUACGGGCGGGUGAAGCUCCUCCCGGGGGUCUUCGACGCCGGCUUCUGCUUCGGGCUCCUAGACCCCGCCUCCAACAUCGUCGCCGGCGUCGCCGUCGCCCGCGCCGUGACCGUCGAUGACACCGACGACGGCGCCGUCCCCGCGGCGUCUUUCCCGAACCUGAAGCGGAGGAAACCGGAUGUGAUCGUGGACAUGCAACAGCGGUCGCUCGACGGCCUCGUCGCCUUCCUGGCCGCGCUCUUCCCGCACCUCACCGAACCCAAGGCCAUGUGGUAUCUCGACAAGGCCGAGCUGGACCCCCUCGUCGCCGCCCGCUUCGUCAUCCGGCACCGCGGCAUGGAGCGCAACUUCGGGUUCUCGUCCGGCGCCACCGGCGCAGCCGUCGAGACGGCCCUCCGGUGCGCCGCGGCCGCCGCCCGGCACCCGUGCCCCGCUCAGUUCGUGUCUGGGUGGAAGUCGCUCUCGCAUUCUCUUGACAAGGUCGCCGCCGUGCUAUCUUCAGGCACCUGCGAUCACUCUCACUCCAUUGACGGUAUCACGGAUGUUCUGCUCAAGAAACCUCAGCCAUCCGUCUUCAGCCUAGAGAAACCAUGGGAUCUCGCCUCUCGACGCCUCCACAAUCUCAGUCCAGACCUCGCCUCGCCUCCGGAGCGGUCAACAUUGAGACGUCUGCUGCUCACCACCAUCCAUGGAUACUACCUGCAGGCGCUUGCCCGGUUGCCCAGGGAGAAGCUGUGCACCCAGUACCACCACAGCCUGCUCCAGGCCGGACAUUGCUACGGUCCACUGGACCCUGUCUCCAACAUCAUCCUCAACACGAUCUGGUACAGCCGAGCCUACCCUCUAACCAAGAAGGUCGACCUGGAGGCGAUCAGCAGCAGAGGCCUGCUGCGGAUCGCGGUCAGGUCCCUCCACGGCCUCGUCUCCUUCCUGUGCACCCGCUGCGCCGCCACUCACCUCACGCCGGAAGAAGCCAUGCAGCGGCUGCAGGCCGCCGGCGCCGAUCUCCGGAUCGUCGAUCCUAACCAGCUCCGUGAUGAUCGUGAUGAUGAUGAUGAUGAUGAUGAUGAUGAUGAUGGCAGUGAUGAUGCUAUGGUGGUAUCUGUACCUGCCAGCGUCGAACAAGCCUAUGCUGCAGCUGCCGCUGCGGCGCUGCACCCCAAACCUCGUGACCAGGCAGAGCUUCUCAGACCAUCUAAUCCAAUGCUGCGGAUGGCCUCCAAAUAUCUCAAGGAUGGCGGCAUGCUCUCCGGUGUCGACGCCGGCCAUGUUGCCGAAGGUUUGUUCUAUUCCAUUAGCGAGUGCCCGGAACAAACCGAGCACCCAGAAGCAAGCAUCAAGGUGGUGAACAAGUUGACCUACACGAGGAUGGAACAACAGGUAAACAAAUUCUGGGAUCAGCAUGCCAGAGUCGUCGGAACAGUGAGAUCUUUGCUCGACGUGUACAACCGGCGGCAACCCGGGGUUGGUUAAUUUCUUCUCUUUUAGGCUACUUGUUCUCUCAGCAGAACAAUCUGUGUUCCAGAUUAACACUCUCCUCUUACAGGUAUAAUAUUCUCG